GUAGAGAAGGUGGUAGUUGUUGUGAUGGGGUUGGAGUUGGUGGUGGAGAAAGAGGUAGCAGAGAAGGUGGUGCUGGUUGGGAUGGCUGUGGUGUUUGUUGUUGUUGUGAUGGGGGGCGUGAGGGCUCCUGGCUCUCUCUCACACGUUUCUGCCUCAUAGCGGAUCAGUGUUUAGCAGCGGGGGGGGGUAGCGCCCCCAGCCAGCGGGAAGGAGGGUGACGGAUCGUGGCACCCAACAGGGAGGGUGGCAUGCCUUGAAAUUCCGUGACAUUGUUUGGCGACGGUGGUGGUGUUUGUGGAGGAGAUGGAGUUAUGUUACUAAAAUAGCUUGUCUAGCUUAUGUCCCGAGGCAUGCAUUCAUUAAUCGUAACCUUUCUAAAGUUUGCACUCAAUCUAUUUUUCUUUAUAUUCGCUGUUGUCUAUGAAUUCUGGCCAGGUGUUGAAUCCUGGGCAUUGUGUUAAAUCUGUAAGAGGUGGUGACUGAUAUUGAAACCAAACAACCCGUACCCCGGACUCGUAUCUUUGACGGUUGGGGCCCGGCUGACCGCAGACGUCUUGUUGACUCAAACCAAACAAGGCGCUCCGACGCCGGGUGGAGAUCCACUUUGGUGUACGACCGCUGUGGCGUCGUAUGGACGAUGAGGAGGAGGACAUGUCGUCGCAGCCUAUCACCUCUCCGCACUGGGGAGCCCUGCCCAAUGGGAACUUCAAGACGGACGGGACGGACGAGGCGUCCGCACAGCACCCACCUUACGCCCCCGCGCCCUCUCUGCCCCGCCGCGUGGACGCACCCCUGGGCCUCGAACACAACGCUCAGCCCUGUGGCGGCUCACAGCCUCUUGCACUCUCACACGGAAACCGCUCCGGUCCCGUCGCCUCCUCACCCGCUCCUCACCCCAUGGACGACCGGGGGGAGCGGCCCGCCCGCCUGGACGAGGGGGGGGACCCCCGGGAGCGGCAGGAGCAGGACGAAGAGGGCGGAGGCGAGGGGAAUCGCGGCUCAUUGGCGCGCGCGGCGGUGAGCGUUGAGGUGGAGAUCGGGCGCAAACUGCGGCAGAUAGGGGACAAGUUCAACCAAGACCACACUGAGCUGAGGCGUCUCAGGGAGGCUCUGCCGGUGUGGAUGCGUCUCGCUGCCGCCCUGCUGGGCCUGCUGUUCCCCCGAGAAGCCAUGGUCCCGCCGAGGGCGGAGCCCAGAUGAAGCGCCCCCACCCCCAACCCCCACCCCCACCCCCCCCAACAAUCCACCACCCGCUGCCCGACAAACCGAGGGGUCCAUGGCGGGCCCUCCUCUACGACCCCCCCCUACCCCCCACACGUUACCCUCCUCAGAAAAAGGGAGCAGACUCUUAUGAUGGCACUGUAGUUCGGGGGUUCACCCUUUGUUUGACGGACGAAGACGCAACAGAGCAGGGCGCGGAGGGGACCCUAAAGAUGGCCACCGCUGGACGGAGGGCCGAUCCACACGUUUUUCAUUUUUUCCUUUUUCCAGAUUUUUUUUCUCCCACCUAUCCAAAAAGAAGCCAUUGUGUUUGAAGAGAUAUUUUCGAAAUAUUUGUAAGAUGACCUAUUUUGUACAGUGAAAUGCUGUAAAAAAAAAUGUAUUUGGUGUUUCUAGUCCAGACGAACCUCCAUCCUCUGCCCAGGGAAUGCCUUAUUUUCUCUCACCACCGAACACACACUCCCUUUCUCCGCGCGGACGAAGGCCGUCUUGGUAGGGACGCAGUCGAGAUUGGGGCUGGAUGUUUUUGCCUGGCCGCCGUCAGCUGCGAAUCUCGGCGAGGAUCACAACGACAUUUUCACCUUCGCCCCGCCCCUACCUACGGUGGCAGGUUCAGAAAGACGAUGAUACGUUUUUAUUAAGGUGUUACGGUUUUUAGACGUCUGUCCACGACAGGCAAAGACGAUUCAUUGACUCACGAUUCAUGAUUUUUUGAAAGCGGCCUCAAUAACUUAAUCCGAUUGACUCCAAAGGUUUUCGAUUUUUUUAAACAACAGGAUAUAUUUAAGAGGAUGAAAUUCACUUCGACAAAAUGAAAAACUUGGACACAAAAACUUUGACGUUGAUCUACUUCCAAUCCCGUUCACUCUCCAGCCCCUUGGAAGACCACGAAUCUGGGUAUCGAAAGCCCCCCGGUAAAGAACACCUUUUUGCAAGGGGGUCCGUUGUGAGUGUUUGCUUCUUGCUUGUUGUACAAAAUCGUAACAUCGUUUUGAAGCCAAAUGACAAGCACACAAAUCUCAAUCAAGCCUCAAAUGUGAGAUUACCAUCAGGGAACUGUGAAACAAUCAGACAGCCAAAUAAGAGACAAAGAAUGAAAGCGUUUGACACAUUGACAUCACCGUUUUCUCUAGCUCGUAACAGCUUCUUUCUUUCUCUGGUUGGAACGACAAUCGCCCUCCCAGCGGCCCGGUCUUAAUCCAUGUGUCCUUCUAUUUGUCUGUGCUACGUUAGAGCUUGGUUAGUCAAAGCGAUAAAGAUGUUUAUUAGAGAUUUAAUAGAGAGCAAUACUUAAGGCAGCGACAUGCAUUCACCCGUAGAGAUCUCCAUUCCUCUCACAAUCAGAUUGGUAUGCAUCAGAGUACAUUUGAAAGCGGAGGUCUGGCCCUCUGUCCUCAAAUAUAAUUAUCUAUAUUCUAUAACCUUAAACCACUGUGUUACAUAAUGACUUCAAUGUCCUUGUUAAAUAUAUUUACAUAGAAUACAUUGGAGAGAAAUAGGGGAAAUUAGAUGUUUGGUUAUCAGAAAGCACCACCGGAAACGUUUUAGGUUUUAAAGUCUCCGUUUGUUCACCACCACUUCCAGUUAAAGACAUACGUUGAGUUUGACUCAUUUCAGAACGUUUUUUCACACGACUUUUCACCCUCUUUCCCUUUCAACACCACAGCCCACUGUUUUUAUUUGAAUAUUGGUUCCUUUUAAAAAAUGUUUAGGUAAAUAAGGAUUUGAAACGAUGACAUUUAAAACGGUUUUGUCAGAAGAUGUACAAUUUUCCACAUUUUGUAAAUGAAUAUCGUGAAUUUGUUUUGAAGACACUGAUGGAUUUACUUUUUCUUUGUAAUGUUUUCUUCAGGGAGUUGAUGAAGGUCAGUGUGUGUUUAACAUGGGCCUGGUACACUGUUUCGGUCCUCGAGUCUUUGACAACUUGUACUUCCCAGAGCCACACAACACAUUGAUUAUACAAUUCGUCCCUCAAAAUUGACCUAGAACAAUCGCAAAAACGAUUGUCAUUAAAGCUUUUGUAUGAAAUAAUUAGCUGAAGCUGUUUUUUUUUUUAUUUCAUCCAGUGAGCCGAUAUCGAGUCAAGACUGAGUGAUUAGUUGUGACUCGCUCUCUCUCUUUUCCAUGCUCACUCACACUUCACGCUAUCCACAAAAUUCAGACUGAGCUACUCAGCCUCCCUCUUCAACGUUUUUUAUUUUCGUAUUAUGUUCCUUAAAAAGUAAUUUAUUUUAAUUUAUUUUUUGUAUAUUUGCCCAGUACUACUACUACUACUACUCGUACUACUACUACUCGUACUAAUACUACUGUACAGAUGAUAUCUCGACGUGGACUGAACAACAAGGGUUGGGAUCUUUUUUUUCUCAACGUUUGCUUGCGUCUUGGUUGUGUGUGUGUGUGUGUGUGUGUGUGUGUGUGUGUGUGUGUGUGUGUGUGUGUGUGUGUGUGUGUGUGUGUGCGUGUGCGUGUGCGUGUGUGUCGGCGUUUGGAUUGGUCCCGGAGGCUGGACUUAUGCCAUGAGCAUUACGCGUUCCUCUCACAGGCAGUGCGAAUCCUAACGAGAAUCACAUGACCACCAGACAAUCAAACGUACAACAUGUGCCUUGUGAGCGACAGAGCCAUCACAUGACCCGUCACAUGACCACCCGUGCUCAGCAUCAAGAUGGCCGACGUAGAAGCAGAUGAUUGCUGCUCACGGUUCCGUUUUAUUUCCAUUUUUUUGCUUGACACACCACACAGAGUAGGACAAAUAACGAGUGAACUGCGAAGGCACAAAUGGUACUGUGUGUUUUUUGGGCCCACUGUGAAAACAACAUCGACGGAACGACAUAACAAAACAACCAAAUGUGUUUUUUCCCUCAGAUCUGCUCACGCGCACACAUGUCCAACCUUUGCACACACACGCCCGCAAACGACUGUUCGCAGUCUUAUCUGCACUGUAAAAUAAAAAGACGGCAACAUGACGACGACGACAACAGACAAAUAAGACACGGCUGUUUAUUUUAGGUGUCGGUUUCUACUCUCGCGCAGAACUUCCCUUCCCAUUCCCUCUAGACUGCAACAUCUCUUUUUAAGAUCUGUAUUAUGCUGGAUUGACCUAGUUUUGUCUAGGCCUCUGCUUUAUCCGUCUCUGGAUCUAGUAGGACUGCUAGUUUACAUUGUGAAGGAGGAAGGAACUACCACGGUGCCCAGUAUUAACCGGUGGGUUGCAUGAUAGGCCAGAAGUUUUGUACUCUGAGUCUGUUUUUUAUUAAUCGCAACCGACCCCGAACACUCUGCCUCAAGGGAAGAAUUUAUUCAAAUGGUUCAAUCUUCAGUGUCUUGAAUAUCAAUUUUCCUCAUUCGUUUUCUUUUCUUUUUAUUAUUUUUUUAAUUCAAGAAGUGCAUCUUUUCUGUCCAAGUGCUGUGAUUUGGUGUUUUUCUACCUGAAAUUUGUACAACACGGCUCUGGUUUUAUUUACUGAGAACAACAAAAAAAAAAAAUCUUUUUGUAAAAAGAGGAAAAUACUCAUGACAAAACACGAUUUCAUUCUUUUUUUUAUAUAAAUAGGCCUAUUGCUUUGUCAAAUGUGGUGGCAUUUCUAAAAGGUUUUUUACUGCUUUUUCUUCGUUUGGGCAAAUCCUGCUGUCAUCCUCACUCUCAUUUCAUGGGAUGUUCUUUAAAUCGAUGUACACGGAGAAUAACGCAAACCCUACAUUCCACUGAGGUCUGCAUCUUAAAGAUUCUGAAUGUAAUGUCAUUUUCGAAAGAACGAAAAAAUAAAUAAACGCAAACAAAAACGAAACGCACAAAUGCAGUAACUCAUCGACCCUUGCGACGGAGGUUUUUAUGGUUGACUUUGAUGCACUAUGUUGCGUCGGAGGACCGUUGUGGGGACAGGUCUCCUGCCUUCACGGCGGCUCAUCCUGCCUUCGCGUCGGAUCAUAACACCCCAACGUCCAGAGCGGUCUCGCCGAAUUCACCCGCACGCGUCCGAUGAAGUGAGGCCCAGUCCAAAAUGUAGCAGUUUUUGAUUUUUUUUUUUACAAACAUUGGCUGUGAGCUCUCCGAGGCUGCUCUGCGUGGGUGAGGUUAUUUUCCGCAACAUCGUUAAAGACAACAGGUUUGGAGAGAAAGGGAGGAAAAAAAGGGGAUGUAUUUUUUAUAAUUUUCUGAUUUUGUUUUUCUAGUGCAAUACGCUGUACAUACGAGCUCUGCUCUGAGAAUCCGACAACAUGUCUCUUUAUUUCCUUGGUUGUUUAAUGGAUUCAUUACCAUUUUGUUUUUUUUCAUUAAACAAAAAUUAUCAAUUUC